AACGGAUUUACAUAUGCAAAAUGGUAUAUUAGCUCUCUCCUUGGCUUCUCCCUACAACUCUCUGUGUUUGAUCGACUCAAUUAAACGAUUAUUAGAAAAGAAAAAUUGUACUUUUCAAAAAAAUAUUUACUAAUGGUAAGCAGAUAACGAGAAGUACUAUUAUCAAUAGAUUAUUUAACUGUAAAUAAAGGAGAGGAAUUAUCUUUUUUAAAAGUGCAAAUCCGAUAAAAUAAAUAAGAUAGAUUUAUGCUUAUAAAACUUACAAACCGAAAAUUAAUGCUAUAUCAGAUUAAAAUUUAAUAAAAAAAAAUUAUUUGAAAAAAAUAUAUACAAAAGUAAAAAAAAUAAUAAUUAUAGAAUAUAUUCACCUACUAACAUGUAAUUUAUUUGAAAUUUUAUCUAUUUUGUUAGAAUUUAGUUUAGUCAUAACCAAUUGCAUGCAAAUUUGAUGCCAAAUUAAUUAUUACUUAUAUAAAUUUUAAAUUUAUAAAUAAAUUUUAUAGUCUCAUCGAAACACAGCUUAAGAGACCAAUAAAAAAAAAAAAAAAAAAGCUUUUGCUUAACCAAUUAUAUGAAAAACUUAAUACACGCACACGUCUUUUAUAUUACACAGUUUUUGUCUCUCCGGUGGUGCUUGCUAUAUUACUCUGUUAAUGUUUUCAUCCUUUACAAUAAAUUUUAUGAUACAAUGUAUAGGAAUAUGCUCAACAUGCCAAAACGCAUAACCAUCUUGCCGGUGACUCUGAUGACAGGCACCUGCAGGCAGUCUCUGCAAAGCGAUCCGAGAUUGGAUUCUAUCUUCACGUCCAAACAAGAAAGACAAGAUCUAGAGGAUAAAUUUAGUGAAGGAACUGAUUUACGCCUUUAGACUCACUGGCGGAGCCGGGGGAGUGAAGGGGUCAUAGCCCCGCCUAUUGGGAUAAAUUCUAUGUAUGUAAUACAUAAUUUCAAUAUUAGUUUUGUUGUAAAAUUUUAGUCCUCUCUUAAAUUGAUUUUUGAUUCCGCCACUAUUUAGAUUAGUGUGACAGAUCGAAAUAAGAACAAAAAUAUGAAUAGGAUUUAGCAUUAACAAUGUGUAGCUUCAAAUGUCAGAGGAAGUAGAUGAACCAAAUGACUUACAAUACGUAUGAAAUGGUAGUUGAUCCAGGUUCAAACAGUAUCCCUGACCAAAAGAAAUUAUUACAUGAUUCAGGCAAUCCAACAAUCAAUCAUUCAAUCUGCAGUGACUGAAUUUGAAUCCAUUGAUGCUUAUGCUCAAGUGGUGUAUCUAAUGCGAGACUCUUGGCCAGAUUUUUCCCUUUUUAUGUGGUAUACUUUUCUGCUUUCACAAAUUAUGCUUCUGACAAACAUAUGUGAUCCUCAACUACGAAACGACAUACAAGUCAAACAGGUAAACACAAAGCAAUAUGAGAUGUGAUCAACUAAGCUAUCUUCUUUUUUUAAGAAAAAUGUUUUUACUUGAUCAAGAGUAGUAAGAUUUCCCAUAACCAAACCUUUGUUUCGAUGAGAAACAGCAUUACAGAUAUUCACACGUCAGCAGAUUCUUAUUUUUCUAGGUGUCCCGGCCACCAGCAAAUGAACAUAUAAACAAGCUGCUUUGAAGUAAACCAAUUCUGGAGGUUAAUACAAUGCUAGGCACUUUGUUUUCACCAUUAAAUUUGUCCUGUGCAUAGGAUCACUUGGUAUAAAUAAGGGCUUUUCCUCGAGUGACUUCAAUCAAACAAAUUAGCAUCAAACUAACUUAUAAUAAACAAUCAACCAUGGCAGAGAAGAAGGAAGGAGGAAUUGUUAAGAAGGGUCAGGAAGAGGGGCUCAAAAUGGCAAUUUCAAUUCUUGAGGAGUUUGAACUUCCUCUGGGGCUCCUACCCCUUGAAGGUGUGAUUGAAGUUGGUUUUGUUAGGGAUACUGGAUAUAUGUGGAUCCUGCAAAAGAAGAAGGUCGAGCACAGCUUUAAGAUGAUCAGCAAGCUAGUGAGUUACGACAGCGAAAUAACUGGCUAUGUCAGCAAGAAGUUGAUCAAGAAGCUCAAGGGAGUGAAGGCUAAGGAGCUCAUGCUUUGGCCUCCAGUUAGUGAGAUAGUCAUUGAUGACUCGGCCACUGGCAAAAUUCACUUCAAGAGCCUUGCUGGCAUCACAAAAACUUUCCCGGUUGAAGCAUUUGGUGCUGGCCAGUGAUCUAUAAACAAAGUCGCCGUUGUUUAAGGUCCACCAGGCACCUGCAAAGAUCUUCACGCUUCAAAUUUUAGAUAUAAUCGUCCUUUUGCUGCAUUACAUUUCCUUCAUUUUCCAAUUCUGUCAUCAAGGAUUGAUGAGUUAGUCAUACCACUGCUAAGAAAAACAAUAAGUUCAAGAUGGUGUUUUUGUGACAUAAUAUUGUUUUAGAACCUCAUAUGAAGUGUAAACAAGAACAUUAUUCUUA